UUUUUUUUGCUAUGUAAUCCUGUUAUCUACUUGGAUAUAAAUAUUAAUGACUCUCACUCAAGUUUGUCUGAGAUGGUUUCUUCAAACAAGAUAGACAGAGUAUCAUCAAAACCAACUCAUCCAACCUAAGACUUGCUGAGUAGCAACAACAUUUUUAGGCAACAUUACAUGGAAAACCAGAAGAAUUUGCCAGAUUCUCGUGUUUUCGACCUUGUGGCUGAUAUAAAUGUGAUGGAUUUUUCUUACAGGGAAAAUCACCAGUUUUCUAACACAGUGAUGACUCCAACACCAAACGUGAGCCUGUGUGACAGAUUCUAUGACUAUGCAUCAUUUGGAGAUGGAGAACUCUCAUUCCAUGGAGACGUCUCUUCCAUGACCAGAUUUGCGGAUGAGGAGACAGAAUAUGAAGAAGAUUUGAAAUUAUGCUCUCCACUUGGGAGACCUAAACGCAAAAGAGUGAUUAACUAUGUGCAACGUCAAGCUGCCAACAUCAGAGAGAGAAAAAGGAUGUUUAACCUCAAUGAAGCCUUCGACUUGCUUCGCAAGAAGGUACCAACUUUUGCUUAUGAAAAAAGGCUUUCCAGAAUUGAAACUUUACGUCUUGCAAUAGUUUAUAUUUCCUUCAUGACUGAACUUCUUAAUACCCCUGAGAAGCAAAAAUAGGACAUGUAAAUAGUAGGACUAAAUUCUCCAUUUGGCUUUUUUUUCAAUUAAGUUCAUUUACAUUUUGCAUGUGGAAGAAACAGGGAAUUUCUCAAUCAUGUAAUCUGUUUUUGUG